UUGACAUGUAUGUUCCUCAGCUUAAGUAAUUUUUUUUCCCAGUGGAAGAUGCAAGCAUGAUGAAGCGGAGGAAUUUCCGAAAGAGAAGUAGAGUAGACGACGGGGAAGACGACUCAUCAACUAAGGAUAACAACGGCUCCGACGACGAGCAAGAAAGGAGGUUGGCUUUAGAGGAGGUGAAGUUUCUUCAAAAACAAAGAGAGAGGAAGCUAGGUGUACCAGCUGUAUCCUCAACUACAUCACAGGUUGCAGCAGGCGGCGGCGGUAGUAGUAGCAGUGCAGGUGGUUUGGUUCGCAAGGUGAAUGAUAAGGGUGAAGGGGAUGGAGAGAAUGAUGAGUUGGUGUUGCAAGAUACUUUUGCUCAGGAAACUGCUGUCAUGGAAGAAGACCCUAACAUGUUGAGAUAUGUUGAGCAAGAGUUGGCCAAAAAAAGAGGCAAGAACGUUGAUGUGGCUGAUCAAGUUGAAAAUGAGGUGAAACGUGCAGAAGAUGAACUUUACAAAAUCCCAGAGCAUCUUAAAGUGAAAAGGAGGAACUCAGAAGAGAGCUCUACUCAGUGGACAACUGGAAUAGCUGAAAUACAGCUCCCUAUAGAGUACAAAUUGAAGAAUAUCGAGGAGACAGAGGCUGCUAAAAAGCUCCUACAGGAGAAGAGGCUCAUGGGAAGAGCCAGAACUGAAUCUAGCAUACCUUCAAGUUACUCUGCAGACUAUUUCCAACGUGGCAAGGAUUAUGCUGAAAAACUCCGGAAAGAACAUCCUGAUUUGUACAAGGAGAAGAGUAAAGAUACUGAAAAUUCAGAACCCAAACCCCAUGAUUCAACUUCAGAUGGAGCCGUUAAAAGGCAAGCUGCGACUGAUCAGUUCAUGCUUGAGCGCUUCCGUAAAAGAGAUCGCCAUCGGGGGAUGCGUAGAUAGUAGGAUAGUGCAUGAACGUGGUUCUCCCACAUGAUCAAGUUGUUCCUCAGUGAAAAAUACAGCUGUCCAGCUUCAUUUGGCGGCUGUGAAGGCAUAAGCUGUGUUGACUUGGAACUAUCUGUCAUUUCAACUUUACCAGCCCCCAUUUUACAGAUUGGUAAAGAACUUUUACCACCCUAUUUUAUAUGCAGGUUGAUUUCCCUACUUUCCAUGUGACAGUUCACUGUUGUUUUAUAUUUUCUGGCCUUUUGUCUAUUUUACUUUUCCUUGUCAUUCAUAGUGUUGCCUCUAUGCCCCAACAGGAAAAAUGAUCACUUGGUUAAUUUGUUUUAUUCAUAAAAAUGUGUAUUAUCUUAUGGGGAUUGCUAGCCAAUUUAUAUGUAACGAAGAGCCGAUGAGCUAGACUUUGCUGUGAUUUAACGUGCAAUUGUAUACAAUUCAUGUGUUCAUGUAAUGACAGUUUUAAUACCAUUACUAAGAGAUCACAGAUUUGAUUUAAUUCAAUUUGAUGAUCUCUAGAACUAAUCUAUGUUAAAA